AUGCUGGGUCACGAGGUGUUGAGCCUGAUUGCUACGUACAUGGGGGCGCAGGACACGCAAGCACUGGUGCCGCACUUACAGAGCCGCUUCCUUCCCACGUUGCUCCUUGCUGUGAUGUUCGGAGUGCUGGCCACUGCUGAGCGUCUGUUCUCCCGCGCCGAGUGGACUUUUGCACACGUCAUGCCGAGUCCUGAUGGACUGACUGCUCCUGGCCGCCCCGUCUAUACCAUGCAGUACAUGGAAUGGGGCAUCAACGUGCCGAUCAUGCUCAUUCUCUCAGGGUAUUGCACCCUGGGCCGCCCCUUGCGAGAGGUCUCGCGUCCUCUCAUUGUGACGAACAUCUACGUGAUUUUGUGCUGGGUUGCCACUGCUACUGAGAGUGCUUUCCUCAAAUGGCUCCUUAUCGGGAUCUCGUUUGCCAUGUACGGCUGGGCCUCCUAUGACAUGCUGAACUGGUGUGCAGCUUAUGAACGUGCUGCGCCGAUGCUGGGCCAUUUUGGGGGGAGAUUUUUGCUUUUGCAGAAGUGCUCCUGCCCCCACCGCGAUACCCCAAGGGGCUCGUGA